AUGGCCACAGGACAGACCAUCACAGAAGGAGGAAGUGAGACCUACGGGGGCUGGAAGAAUGUUGCUGGAGAGGAUAUAUUCUGGAAGACGGUUCUUUCCACCCCGAGGCCAGAAGACAGUCAGAGGUCCAUGGGGACCCAGGGGCAAGAACAGAUCCUGUGCACAUCAGAUGCCCCCAACCGUGCUUUCACACAAUGUGUGAACAAAGAAGCAAACCAAGCUCCUCCAGAGGCAGGAGACAAGGACCUCCGGCUUCUUGGUCCCCAUGACGCAGGGUCUGCUGGGGACCCCAUUUCCCUGCCGCCCCCCUCCCCCACCCGGGAGCUGUGACCACCUGACCCAACAUUUACGCCUUUGUCUUCGUGGCCCGGAAGCGGCCCUGCAGAGAGCAUGACAAGUGGCCACGUGCUGCACAGCGGCUGGCUGAGGAAGUCACCCCCCGAGGAGAAGCUGAGGCUCUUCGCCUGGAGGAAACGCUGGUUUAUCCUGCGGAAGGGCCAGACUAGCAGUGACCCAGAUGUUCUGGAAUACUACAAGAAUGAUGGCUCCAAGAAUCCCCUGCGCACCAUCAACCUGAACCUCUGUGAGCAGCUGGAUGUUGGUGUGACUCUGGACUUCAACAAGAAGGAGAUUCAGAAAGGCUACAUGUUUGACAUCAAGACCAGUGAGCGUACCUUUUACCUGGUGGCUGAGACCAGGGAGGACAUGAACAAGUGGGUCCAGAGCAUCUGUCAGAUCUGUGGCUUCAGGCAGGUUGAGGAAAGCACAGGCUCCCUGGGAAACACUUCCUCAGCCAGUCACAGCCCCUGCUCUUCUGCAGCUGAGCCCAGCCGCUCCCAUCAGCACCUCCCCCAAGAACGAGAACCCACAUCUGAACCCCCUGUGUCUCACCGUGUGCGGCCCACCUGGCCCAUCCCUGCACCUCGGGGGUGUCUCUGCUCGCACCAGCACGCCAGCCAGAAAGCAGGACAUGCAAGGAGUGCCAGCUUCUCCCAGGGCUCCAGGGCCCCAUUCCCCAUGAGGAGAAGCACAGCCGUGCAAAAUCUUGCCCAGCACAGUGAAGACAGUGUCGAUGGAGUCAGCGGUCACAUCCAUGGCUUCCAUAGCCUUUCCAAGCCGAGCCAGCACAAUACAGAAUUCAGAGGCAGCACCCACAGAACCCCCUGGAGCCUGGCCUCCCAUGGCCACACCAGAGGCAGCCUCACAGGCUCUGAGGCAGAUAAUGAGGCUUCCUCCUGCAAGUACCCCCAGCAUGGUGGAGGGAAUGUCGGCCGGCCUGCUGAGUGCAUGCAUGAGGGAGUCAGUUCUUUCCUGCCAGGAAAAGCAGUCGUGGGCCUAUCGGACAGCAUUGCUUCUGAGGACAGCUGUGUGCCCAUGAACCCAGGCUUCCCUACCCUGCUGGCUGUGGAGCAAGCAGGCAGUGAUUCUCAGGGUGUCUGCACCGCUGUGGGCUCAUGUCCUGUUUGCUUUAACCUGCUUGGCUUCCCACUCACAGAGCUUUCUGUGCACCAAGACCUCAGCCAGGGACAUGAGGUCCAGCUGCCCCCUGUCAACCGCAGCCUCAAGCCUAACCGGAAAGCAAAUCCAACACCAUCCAACCUGAGAAACAACAGGGUCAUCAGUGAGCUCUCCUUCAAGCCACCUGUCUCAGAGUCCUGGUCUGGGACCAGCCACACCUUUGACUCCAGCUCCUCCCAACACCCCAUCCCCAUGCAGAGCAUCACCAGCACAGACUCAGAGGACAUUCGAGAGAGAGAUUUUUUCCUGAAUCCGGCAUCUGCAUUUCCUGUUUCCGGUGGCACCAGCAGUUCAGCCCUGCCAAGGAGCACUGGUAACAUCCACUAUGUGGCCCUGGACUUCCAGCCGAGCAAGCCAUCCAUAGGCUCUGUCACAUCCGGCAGGAAGGUGGACUAUGUCCAGGUGGAUCUGGAGAAGACCUGGGCCCUGCAGAAGACCAUGCAUGAACAGAUGUGCCUGCGGCAGUCCUUGGAGCCUCCCAGGGGUGCCAAGCUGUGACUUGGGCCACCAAAACCAGAGCGGGGUCAGGACAGUGCUUCAGAGCUGCUCCUCCACACUCUACAGCUCUGUGGUAUCAGGGACUGCAUCCCUUAUCCAGAGAGCAGAGGCCUGAUCAAGACACAUCCUCUGCCUACUUGGGGCCCACGUCUGCCUUUGGCUGGCUAUGGUCCCCACCUUCACCCUCUUGCUAGGAGCGGUGGCCAGCAAGCAUCCUCAGUCUCUUCCUGCCCCUCAGACCCGGGCUCCCAACAGAUUUCCACACUCACACU